AUGGCUAGUCCGCCAGUUCUAGCUUUCGAUGCCGAGGGCCGUCCAGUGAAGUUCGAAACCUGGCUAGAUGACCUGCACCUGUUCCUACAGCUCACUGCCAAGGAAGAUAUCUCACUGUACGACCACGCCCUAGGCCAUGCCACUGCCCCUGACUCGUCUGCUGACAGCACUCUGCGUUCCCAGUGGCAGACCCGUGAUGCACACGCUCGCUUUGCUAUUCGCAACUCCCUGCCGCUAGACGAGCGCGAGCACUUCGGCCAGUGCAAGACUGCUAAGGACCUCUACACCGCUGUAGUUGCCCGCUACUCCUCACCCGCUUCUGCCACGCUAGGCCGCCUCACUCUCCCCUACCUGUUCCCCGACCUAGCCUCCUUUCACACUGUCGCAGACCUCAUCACCCACCUUAAGACUAGUGAGGCCCGCUUUCGCGCUGCUAUGCCUGCCGAGUUUCUCACUAGCAACCCCCCCCCGCUCUGGAUCACUCUCUACCACAUCGUCACCCGCCUCCCUGACUCUCUGCGCGCAGUCAGGGACCACUUCCUCUCUCGCUCCCCCACUGAGCUCACUGUUGCCCUCCUCGAGAAGGAACUGCUUGCAGCUGAGGCGAGCAUCGUCGCUGUAGGCACCUCUCGUGGCGACCCCCGCACCCCGUUCUUUGAGGGGUGUUCCCCUUCCCCCCUCCUCCCCUCUGUCGCCUCUGCUGCUGCUGUCGACCUUCUUGGUGCUGAGAAGGUCGGGACCGCGUCUGCUUCGAGCGGGCGCCGCAGGAACAAGGGGGGCAGGGGUGGGGGUGGCGGCGGAGGAGGUGGGGGUGGAGGCGGUGGGAGUGGAGGCGCGGCUGGGGAGACUAGUGGCGGCAGUGGGGGAGGAGACAGCAGCGGUGGGAGUGGUGGUGGAGGCGGCAGCGGAGGCGGAGGUGGUCGUGGCGGCGGCAGGGGUGGAGGUGGCCGGGGCGGCGGCGGUGGGGGUGGUGGUCGUGGAGGCACUGGCGGAGGCCCGAGUCAGCAGCCCGCCCCGACGCUUCAGGCCGCCCGUGAGUGGUAUGCGCAGCGUAGCUUUACCUGCACGUACGUCAUUCGCACAGGUGACCGCAGCGGCCAGCAGUGUGGGAGGCCGCACCCCACGCAGCGCUGCUUCGCGCGCCUUAACGACGCGUGGCGCACUCAGUUUCCUGCUGCCACUGAGCUGCCGCGCUGGGCUGAUCUGGAAAAGAGGGGUGUUGAUAUUUGGGCUUUAGACUUUGAUGCUAUUCUCACUGCCAUGUAUGCAAUGUCUAUUAGUGGAGAGGGUGCUCAGUACUUGCGUGUUCCGCCCGACCCGGGCAUUCAGGCCAGUCCGGCUGCCGCUCUAGGUGCUAGUGCGUCUGCUCCCACAGGUCCUGGUGAGGCUGCAGCCCUAGGUGCUCGUGCGUCCGUGCCCCCUGGUACUGAGUCGACUGCAGCACUGCACACCUUCACACUGGACUCAGGUGCUUCUCGCUCCUUCUUUCGUGACCGCACUGUCCUUGAGCCACUCGCUCGGCCAGUUGCUGUCUCCCUUGCUGACCCCUCUGGGGGUCCGGUCAUUGCGACCUCCUCCACUGUCCUUCCUUGUCCGGCGGUCCCGUCCGGCACGCUGUCAGGUCUCUACCUCCCCUCGUUCUCUACGAACUUGGUGGCAGGUAGUGCGCUCCAGGACGGGGGUGUUCACCAGUUCACCCCUGCCUACGAGCGCGUGACACACUGCACGUGUGCUCGGACGGGUCGCCACCUGGCUACCUUCACUCGGGAGCCGGGGUCGGACCUUUACACACUGACCACUGAGUCCCCUCAGGUAGCUGCGUCUGCGUCAGGUCAGCUGUCCGCCCCCUGCUCGUGUCGCUCUCUGGCGCAUGAGACUGUCCUUUGGCACCACCGCCUUGGUCACCCGUCUGUGCAGCGCCUUCGGGCCAUGCACAAACGGGACCUUGUUGCUGGUCUUCCCAGGGUGCUCCCUCCCCUUCCCGACUCGCCUGCUCCUCCCUGUAUUCCCUGUGUCGAGGGACGGCAGCGCGCCGCUCCUCACUCCUCCUCCUUUCCCCCGACGACUGCUCCCUUGCAGACGCUCCACAUGGACGUGUGGGGCCCAGCCCGCGUCCGUGGUCAGGGUCAGGAGAGGUACUUCCUGAUUGUUGUUGACGACUUCUCGCGCUACACCACGGUCUUCCCCUUGCGCGCCAAGGGUGACGUCCCUGAUGUCUUGAUCCCUUGGAUCCGCAGAUCUCGUCUCCAGCUCAGUGAGCGUUUCCGCUCCGACUUCCCUGUCCUGCGUCUGCACUCUGAUAGAGGUGGGGAGUUUUCCUCUGGCCUAUUGGAGGCCUUCUGUCAGCAGGAGGGCAUUGAGCAGUCGUACACGCUUCCGGCCUCUCCACAGCAGAAUGGGGUUGCUGAGCGCCGCAUUGGUCUGGUCAUGGAGGUCGCUCGUACCUCCUUGAGCCAUGCGGCUGCCCCCCAUUUUCUGUGGCCGUUUGCAGUCCGAUACGCUGCGCAUCAGCUCAACCUCUGGCCCCGUGUCUCCCUGCCCGAGACUUCUCCGACACUGCGUUGGACGGGAGAGGCUGGCGAUGCGUCGCGUUUUCGGGUCUGGGGAUCCCGAGCUUUUGUCCGCGACACGUCCGCGGACAAGCUCUCCCGUCGCGCUGUCCCCUGCGUCUUCCUUGGCUUUGUCCCGGACGCCCCUGGCUGGCAGUUCUACCACCCCACCUCGCGUCGUGUCCUGGCCUCUCAGGACGUCACUUUUGACGAGUCCGUCCCCUACUACCACCUCUUCCCCUACCGCACUGCCCCGCUCCCCCCCCCGCCUCUCUUCCUCGCUCCAGGUGCUGAGGUACCAGACCCCCUCCCCCCUCAGGGUGCCGCUCCCUCAGGUGUGUCCCAGGUAGACCCGGGUGAGCCUGUCGAGGUAGCUGUUGACUCUCGUCCUGCUGGGGGUGCUAGGCCUGGGGGUGCUGCGUCUGGGGGUGCUGAGCCUGGGGGUGCUGCGUCUGGGGGUGCUGAGCCAGGAGGUGCGGAGCCUGGAGGUGCUGAGCCUGGGGGUGCUGAGUCUGGGGGUGCUGAGUCUGGGGGUGCUGAGCCUGAGCGUGCUACACCUGGAGGAGCCCUCUCCUCCCAGCAGCUGCAGGAGAGGUACCUCGAGUACUGCCGCCUCCGGAGAGGUGCUGCUGGAGCUCGUCCCGGUACUUCCCCUCCUACCCAGGAGCUCCCCCCCAUUCAGCAGAUCCGCGAGUGGUACACACGGCGCUGCAGUCUUCGGAGUGGUGCUCCUGGUGCUGCGGACCCUGGGGGUGGCGCUGCUGCUGGUGCUGAGGACCCGGACGUUGGAGCUGCUGCUGGUGCUGAGGACUCGGACGUUGGCGCUGCUGCUGGAGCUGAGGACCCGGGCGGUGGCGCUGCUGCUGGUGCUGAGGACCCGGACGGUGGAGCUGCUGCUGGUGCUGAGGACUCGGACGGUGGAGCUACUGCUGGAGCUGAGGACCCGAGCGGUGGCGCUGCUGCUGCUGCUGAGGACCCGGGCGUUGGAGCUACUACUGGUGCUGAGGACCCGGCUGGUGGAGCUGCUGCUGGUGCUGUGGACCCGGACGCUGGAGCUCCUACUGGUACUGAGGACCCGGCCGCUGGAGUCUCCUCUGCUUCUGGAGACGCUGCGCGGCCGCGACCGUACUUCGUACCGCUCCUUCAGCAGGUUCUUGGGCAGGCUCCUCCUCCUUGUCCUCCUCCCUCCGUAGAGUGUCCUCCGCCUGUCCAGCCGCAGUCACAGUUACUGCCUACCUCGCCUCUCCCUGCUCCCUCUCCUUACACUGGUCCCACAGGAGGUCUUGCAGAGCGUCGUGAGCCUGAGUCUCGUCCUGCGUCGCCUGUUCGUCCUGCUCGCACUGGUAGUCGUGUCCGUCGUGAGCGUCCUCCUCCUGUCCCAGGCACUUGUUAA